CACGAUUCUGACGUAUGGAGUUGAAAGUUGAAAGUUCACGGUGGCUGACAAAACCCUGCUGCCUGCAACCAGCACACGCCAAAAUGACAACAUUACGGGCAUUUACCUGUGACGACCUUUUCAAAUUUAACAAUAUCAAUUUGGAUCCCCUGACAGAAACUUAUGGUAUACCAUUCUAUUUACAGUACCUGGCUCACUGGCCGGAGUAUUUCGUUGUUGCAGAGGCACCCGGUGGUGAGCUGAUGGGCUACAUUAUGGGAAAGGCUGAGGGUUCGGUUGCCAGGGAGGAGUGGCACGGGCACGUCACGGCCCUCUCUGUGGCCCCUGAGUUCCGCCGGCUGGGCCUGGCAGCCAAACUCAUGGAGAUGCUUGAGGAGAUAUCGGAGAGGAAAGGGGCUUUCUUCGUUGACCUGUUUGUUCGCGUCUCCAAUCAAGUGGCGGUGAACAUGUACAAACAAUUAGGUUACAGUGUGUAUCGCACAGUUAUAGAGUACUAUUCCGCAAGCAACGGUGAGCCAGAUGAGGAUGCAUAUGAUAUGCGGAAAGCCCUAUCGAGGGACACGGAGAAGAAGUCAAUCGUUCCAUUACCACAUCCUGUCAGACCAGAAGACAUAGAAUAGCACAGGACAGUGACUCUUUAAGGCAUCCUAUCAACCCAUAUUGGGGGAAAUGUUUUUAUUAGUUAAUCCUUUACUUUAAGAAUUGAAUGACUGUGCUGAUUUUUAUAGAUGCCUGAGAGUCACUGUGAACACUAUUUAAGCCUUUAGUUUCCCCAAGUAAUCAAUGGCCUCUAAAAGGCCAGUCAAAUAUCAGCGUAGAGAGGGCACCUAAAACGAUUCCUAUACUACUGCUGCGGCUGUUUUGAAAGCAUCUGAAAUAAAGAGAACUCAUGCACAUUA